AUGUGUGAGAAAAUAUCAAUUAUUAGAAAGAAACUCGCCAUAGCACAAGAGAGACAGAAGAAAUAUGCGAACCAACAACAACAAGAAUUAGAAUUUGAUAUAGAAGAUAAAGUACUCUUGAAGGUUGCACCGAUGAAAGGGAUAAUGCGUUUUGGUAAAAAUGGAAAGCUAAGCCCGAGAUACAUAGGCCCUUUUGAGAUCUUAGAAAGAAUAGGUGCUGCAGCUUACAGACUAGUACUUCCACCUCACUUGUCGGCAGUGCACAACGUUUUUCAUGUCUCUAUGUUACGAAAGUAUGCCCUGGAUCCCACACAUGUAUUGGAGUAUGAGCCUCUUCAGAUUCGAGACGACCUCAGCUAUGAAGAAAUUCCAGUGAGAAUAUUAGUACAAAAGGCCCAAGUGCUAUGA